CACACUAAAAGCAAGCCGACAUUGUGCAACGCGAAAAUUCGUGAAAAAUUUUAUCAAAAUACAAUUCUGUUCGAGAAAAAGUAAAUAAAUAAAUAUAAAUAAUGACGGUAAAUAAGCGUGACGCGAGUGCUGCGCGUCCGCGUUGUUUCUUCGACAUAACGCUCGGCGGUCUGCCCGUUGGGCGCAUUGUUUUCGAACUAUUUAGCGAUGUGGCUCCCAAAACGGCCGAGAAUUUUCGCUCCCUUUGCACGGGCGAAAAGGGUCUUGGUUUGAUUACAGAGAAAAAACUGCACUACAAGGGGGCCAUUUUCCAUCGUGUGGUGAAGGAUUUUAUGGUCCAAGCUGGCGAUUUCAGUGCAGGCAACGGUACCGGCGGCGAAUCAAUUUAUGGCGGCAUAUUCGAGGAUGAAAGCUUUGAAAAGAAGCACGACCGCCCAUUCCUGCUGUCGAUGGCAAAUCGCGGCAAGAACACAAAUGGCUCGCAGUUCUUUAUUACAACACAGCCUGCGCCACAUUUGGACAAUCUCCAUGUUGUAUUUGGCCAAGUUAUAACCGGGCAGGAGUUGGUUCGCCAAUUGGAAGAGCUGCCCGUUGACAGGAACUCGCGACCGCUGCAGGAUGCGGCCAUAGCCAAUUGUGGUGAACUGAUCAGACAGACAAAGGCCAAAAAGGAGAAGAAGCGCCGCAAGCGCUCAACGGCCACAGAUGACACAAACAGCGAGGAGGAUAGCGAGGAGACGGCGGAUGUCAAGACACAGCAGCAGCGCAAGGACAAAAAGAAGAAGCGCCGCAAGGAGGCUAAGGCCAGCGAGAGCGAAGACAGUGACAAAGGACGUGGUAAUGGUCGCCAUGCCCAGCAACAGCCAGACAAUGAUGAGGAAGAGCAAGAGGAAGGCGAACUGCAUCCUUUGGUCACCAUCACCAAGAUAGAUCCUAACGAGAUACCCGAGGUAUCGAAUAAAUUUCUCAUGCGCAGCGAAAAGUCGCGGUCCAGGGAUCGGGAGGAGCGUGAGGUGCGCGAAGAUCUUGGCUAUGGCCGCGAUGUGGACCGUGAACGGAAUCGGGAAGGACGGGGCAAGGACCGUGAACGGGAGCGGGAUCGUAAUCGGAAUGCAUUUGGCUGGUCGAAGAAGCAACCACCGCCACCCACAUCACGUAGCGGGCGCAUUGUCAAGGGGCGUGGCGUGUUCCGUUUCCGCACACCGUCUCGCAGUCGCUCGAGAAGCAAUACGCCGCCGCACUGGAAGCAUGCCCAGAAGCGGACCAUUAAGCUCUCGGAUCUAGAGCGCAUCGAGGAGGAGAGCAAAAUGCGUGAGGAGGAGACACGGCGCCGCGAACAGGAACGCAAGAAACGUCACGAGGAGGCCAUCAAGAAUCCUAAAAAAUCGUUCUUUGAGCUGUCGCAUGCCAGCACCUACGGCGGUAAACUGACGCCAGACAGAUCGCCCGAUCACAAGGGCAACAAGCCCACAACCAGCAAGGACCUGCCCGAACGCAAGGCCAAGGAGCCAAAAGAGGAUGCGGCUGCUGCACCACCCAAGCGUCGCAAGUCUGUGGACAUGAAUGCCCUCGACUACGAGCAGCAGACGGAUAGCGAGCCAGAGCCCGAGGCCCCUGAGGUGCUGCCCAGCAAGGAGUCGAAGAAGUCAAGCAAGGCCGAGGCCAAGGCAGAGGCGCCACUGAAAAAGGAGCGUGCAGAGAGUCGCCCCAAGCGCGAGGAUCGCAAAACCCAAGAGGAGAAGCCCAGAGAUCGCGAUAGACAGCCAGCAAGGCGUAGCCGUGAGCGCUCUGCCUCACAGCCGCUGCGCAACCGCAAUCCGCGGAGUCGCUCCCGUUCUGCCCAGCGUUCCCGUCGCUCUCCGCCACGUAGGGCGCAGUGGUCGCCGCCGGGACGACGUGGCCAGGGGGGCAAUAAUCAGGGCCAGUUUCAGGGCCAGUUUCAGGGCCAACAUCAGAAUCAAUUUCAGAACCAGCAUCAGAACCAGAUGAAUCGCGGCCGACGCAAUCCCUUCUCCGAUGGCGGCGGACGUCGCCGUCGCUCGCGCUCCCAGGACGAGUACAAGAAUCGUUUCCCCCUGUCGCCCAUACGCGGACGGGGGGCAUCGCCCAGCGGCGAUCGUCGCCGACAGCAGCAGCAGCAGCGUUCGCGCAGCCGUGGGCGGCGACAGCAAACGCCCGAUCGCCGUCGCCACGAGUCGCCGGCAGGCAAUCACAGACGCCAGGAAUCUCCAGACAGACGUCGUCCGGAAUCGUCCCCGGUGGCCAGGAAGCGUCAGGAUUCGCCCGUGCGCAAGCGGCAGGAGUCGCCGGCAGGAAACAGAAAACAGAAGCAGGACUCGCCACCAAAACGGCGCCAAGACUCGACAGGACGUAGGCGCUUGGACUCCUCGCCCGAGCAUCGACGCAGCCGCAGUCGUGGCGGCCGCCGACACAGCUCCUCGCGCAGCAACAGCAGAUCCCGUCGCCGUUCACGCAGCAGCCCCCUGCCCAAGCUGACCUCGGCCCUGCCCAUGGAGGAGGAUCGUGAGAAGGCGGCGCGCGAAAAGAUGCAGAAGCGAGCCGAGGCAGCGCUGCUGCUGAAGGAGCACAUGCGCAAGGAGAUAGCCAAAGAGGAGGAGCGCCGCGCCGAGAAGCAGCGACAGGACGAUCUCGAGAAGGAGCGCACCACCAGAGAGCUGAGCGAACUGGAGCGCCUCAAGGCGGAGACGCUCAAGAAGCUGCACGACGAGGAUCACAACGGCAGUGGAACGGGCGACGGAGGAGCUGGUCCUAGUGCCGCGGCCGCAACGCCUGGCGAACAGCCCUCUACCAGCCGUGGCAAGCGCGAGGGUAGUCACGAGGAACGGCAUCGCGACAAGAAGCGCAAGCAUAAAAAGUCAAAGAAGGCAUCCACCCGCUCGGACUCCGAUUAGA